AGUUUCAGAGUAGUUAAUUGCAAAGAUGGCUGCCAAAGAAAGAAGAAAAGUAGCAGAACUUUUGGAAAUGGAAGCGAAGAUUCAGAAGUUAUGGUCAGAUGCGAAAGUAUUCGAAAUGGAUGCUUCAGAUGACAAGUCUGAGCCCAAAUAUAUGGCAAACAUACCAUAUGCUUAUAUGAAUGGUCGUCUUCAUUUAGGACAUUCUUUUACGAUAUCAAAAGCAGAGUUUGCAAUAGGAUUUCAACGAUUAAUGGGGAAACGCUGUCUGUUUCCCUUUGGUUUACACUGCACUGGGAUGCCAAUCAAAGUCUGUGCUGAUAAACUAAAGAGAGAAGUGGAAGAAUUCGGAUAUCCACCACAUUUUCCUGAUAAUGGUACUAAUAGUAAAAUCUCUUCCGAAGAGAAAAGUGUUGUGGAUGAAAUUGUCAAAGAUAAAAGUAAAGGGAAAAAGAGUAAAGCUAUCGCAAAAACUGGAUCAGCGAAAUAUCAGUGGCAAAUUAUGAAGAUGUUGGGUUUAAGUGAUUCCGAAAUCAUCAAAUUUACAGAUGCGAGCCACUGGCUUGAUUACUUCCCGCAACUUUGCAUUAGUGACGUGCAAAAAAUGGGUCUCAAGAUUGAUUGGCGACGCACAUUUAUCACUACUGAUCGCAAUCCUUAUUAUGAUUCAUUUGUUUGUUGGCAAUUUCGGAAACUUCGUGAAGCUAAAAAAAUUGAUUUUGGCAAACGUUAUACAAUAUAUUCUCCAAGUGAUGGACAACCAUGCAUGGAUCAUGAUCGAUUGAUUGGCGAGGGUGUUGGACCUCAAGAGUAUACACUCGUCAAAUUGGAGGUCCUUGAACCAUUACCAGAGUUCCUUGCGAAGAGUGGAAAAAAUGUGUUCCUAGUUGCUGCAACACUGAGGCCUGAAACAAUGUACGGACAAACGAAUUGCUUUGUUCAUCCGGAUAUUGAGUACUGUGCUUUCUAUGCUGGCCAAAAAGAAAAUGAAGUUUUUGUAGCAACAAAAAGAGCUGCAAGAAAUAUGAGUUAUCAGGAAAUGACUGCUGAAAAUGGAAAAAUACGGUUUGUCGAUGGUGCUGAAAAGAUAUUGGGCAAGCAGUUGCUUGGUUUGGCAUUAAAAAGUCCGCUAACGAAAUAUGAUUGUAUCUAUUCAUUACCUAUGCUGAUUAUCAAAGACGAUAAGGGGACCGGUAUUGUGACUAGCGUACCAUCUGAUUCACCAGAUGAUUUUGCGGCUUUAAUGGAUUUGAAGAGAAAGAAACCAUUUCGAGAAAAAUUUAACAUUAAAGAUGAAAUGGUAUUGCCGUAUGAGCCGAUCCCAGUUGUGAAAAUACCAGAAUAUGGAGAAAUGGCUGCUGUGCAUCUUUGUCAAGAAAUGAAGAUUGAAAGUCAGAAUGAUCGAGAAAAAUUGGCAGAAGCUAAGAAAGAAGUGUAUCUGAAAGGAUUUUAUGAUGGCAUAAUGGUAACUGGUAAGUAUGCUGGGCAGAAAACUGCAGAAGUAAAGAAGAAAAUUCAAAACGAAUUAAUUGCAUCCGGAGUGGCAACACUGUUUGUUGAACCAGAAAAAAAAGUUGUAUCACGUUCUGGUGAUGAAUGUGUCGUGGCUUUAUGUGAUCAGUGGUAUAUCUUGUUAUUUUAA